AAUUGGAGUUUAACCAUUUUCCAAUUCGUUGUCUUUCACUCUUCUUCCUUUCCUUCUCGGCUAAAACCCUAGCUCUCUUGAUAUUUCACUCUGAGUUUUUCUUCCACCUCUAAAGCAAAAUCAACCUAAAUCUCGUAUUGAUUUCUGAUACUCUGAAUUUCUUUGAAGAAUGGAAAUAAAGAAAUCAUACAUGGAAAAAGCUGGUCCUUCAAAAAUCAAAUUUGCAAACAGUGAUGAAGAAGAUGACCACCAAAGUGAAGAUGACCACCAGAGUGAAGAUGAUGAUUCCCAGAUUGAAGAUGACGACCAAUCUUCUUCAGAAGAAGAGGAAGAAGAUUUGGAAGCGGCAAUAAAACGUACGCUUGCGGAUGUCCCAAUGGGAGAGCUUCAUCAAGAACGCUCUAAUGGGUUUCAUGCUGUACCUAAAAAGAACAAAGGAGAGAUGAAGGUUAAGCGAAAAAACAAGAAUAGGCCAAUGGAAAUGAGUAGCAAGAAGCCUGUGGGGAGGUUUAGGGAAGUAAUUCAAGUUCCAAAAAAGGUGGCACGUGAUCCACGAUUUGAGUCUUUAUCUGGGGAACUUGAUACUGAUGGAUUUAGAAAGAGAUAUGAUUUCUUGUUUAAGAAUAAGCUUCCUGCUGAGAAAGAGGAACUACAGAAGUUGAUGAAGAAAUCAAAAGACCCAAAAGUCAUUGCUGACUUGAAGAGCCGCAUAUCUUCCAUAGACAAGCAACUAAAAGCAGGGUCAGUGAAGCGUACUGAUGCAGAUAUUCUGCGCAAUCAUAAAAAGAAAGAGAGGGAAGCCGCAAAGCAAGGGAAACAACCAUAUUAUCUUAAGCGAUCGGACUUACGGGGACAAAGUCUUAUUGAACAAUACAAUCAACUCAAGGCUUCUGGCAAGCUUGAAAAAUUCUUGAAUGAUAGAAGGAAGAAGAAUGCUGCAAAAGACCACAGGUACAUGCCUUACCGAAGGCCUGGCAAGGAUGACCAACCAGAGUAGAAUUGAAGAUGUAGUGAAAAUUGUAUUUCUACAGUAUUACAUUCUAAUGUCAAAUUUUGUAAGUUUUGAAACUUUCUCCCCUCUUUUUUCUUAUAAGCUUCAACAGUAGAGUGUGGUCUUAGUUUUAAUUUCAUUCGAUAUUUUUUACCUGGCUAAA